UUGUCGAGUAGAUAGAUGUUUUUUCUUCUUCUGAGAAAUGGAUAAAUUAUGAGAGGGUUUUGGGAGAGAAAGAAGGAGGAGAGUGAUGGAUUACAGUGUAGCAGCAUUGAAGCUUUUAUGCAGUCAGCUGAAACAAGCACGAGAAGUGGCGUCUCAAAAUGCUUUCACCCUCGGUGGCAUUCUCUUCCAACGCGCUUGGUUGCAGGGCGUUCUGGUGUCUUCUUCCGACGGCGACGGUGGACCUCUGUUUCUCGACGACGGAACUGGCGUCAUCGAGCUCUCCCUCUCCGGCGAGUUCCGCCACCGGCAUUGGAGAGUUGGCAUGUACAUAAUGGUAGUUGGAGGGUACGUUGCACGUGCGGGAGAGCCUCCCAUGAUCAAGGUUCACAAGAUUGUUGAUCUUUCAUCAUCCCCAGACCGAGAGGCAAUGUGGUAUCUCGAAGUUGUGGAGGCAUACAAACUGUUCUACCAGCCUCUUGUUGAAGAAUUUACGUAAUGGGAUUACACGAUUUAAAAGAGAGAUAGUAUUUGAGGUUCGCAUCUGACAUCUGUGGAAACUUCCCUUCUUUUGGCAAGUUAGCGCACAUAGAAUUUUCUAAGACUGAGUUGGUAUUCACUUCUCUGUUCUUUGUACUAUGAUAAAUUUACCAACAAAUUGCAUUGUAAAAUCAUCACUAUAUCGUUUAUGCAAUAGACAGAUUUGUGAUACCGAUC